AAAACACAAAAUCCCCAAUCUUUUGCCACUCUCCCCCGCCUCCUCUCAAACCCUAUCUUCUUCUUCUUCUUCUUCUUCAUCUUCCCACCACACAUUCCUAGAUAAAAACUCUCCAAUUUUUUUCUCUUUAUUUUUCCUUAUAAAACCAGUCGUUUUCACUUCUACCAUGCCCGGCCUUCUUCAAUAACUCCAAAACACAUAUAUUUUCAUCCUUCUUUGAUUUUUUUUUUUUUUUGGGAGUUUUUUCGUAGAUUUUGAGAUUCUGAUAUAAACAUUUUAUUGAGCCGAAGAAAUGGCGACGAUUCCUUAUCCUCAUUUUAUUGGGUCAGAGAAAUCGGCCGUGGAGAAGGGCAUUCUUUCCUCUUCAUCCUCCUCCUCCUCCUCUCCGCCGUCACCCGUCGUAUUAACCCAAGACGAGCUCAAGAAGAUCGCCGCCUACAAGGCGGUCGAGUACGUCGAGUCCGGCAUGGUCCUCGGCCUCGGCACCGGCUCCACCGCCAAGCACGCCGUCGCCAGAAUCGGCGAGCUUCUCCGUCAAGGUAAGCUCAAGAACAUCGUCGGAAUCCCGACCUCCAAAAUCACCCACGAACAGGCCCUCGCCGCCGGAAUUCCCCUCUCCGAUCUCGACUCCCACCCCGUCCUCGAUCUCGCCAUCGACGGCGCCGACGAGGUCGAUCCUUUCCUCAAUCUUGUCAAGGGCCGCGGCGGCUCCCUCCUCAGGGAGAAGAUGGUCGAGGGCGCUUGCAAGAAGUUCGUCGUCAUCGUCGACGAGUCCAAGCUGGUCAAGCAUUUGGGAGGGAGCGGGCUCGCCAUGCCGGUCGAAAUCGUGCCGUUUUGUUGGAAAUUCACCGCACAGAGGCUCCAGAGCCUCUUUGCCGAUGCCGGCUGCGUCGCGAAAUUGAGGACUUUUGCCGAGAGUGAUAAGCCCUUUGUCACGGACAAUGGGAAUUUCAUUGUGGACUUGUAUUUCAAGAAGGAUAUUGGGGAUUUGAAGGCGGCCAGCGACGCCAUUUUGCAGCUCGCCGGAGUCGUCGAGCACGGGAUGUUCUUGGACAUGGCCACCACCGUGAUUAUUGCCGGAGAACUCGGUGUCACGGUGAAGAAUAAAUAGAGAAAAAACAAUAAAGGAAGAGUUUUUUCAAGGUAGUUAUUGAGAUUCUGGGAAUAAUCUGACUUAAUAAUGUAUUGUACAAGGGGAUUAAAGUUAUAAUAUUUCAGUCAAAUUUGACUGCUAUUUUGUUGUAACAAGGGAAAACGUUUUUGGUUUCCUGAUAGAUUUAUUGGGUUUGUGGGGUCUGAAGCAAA